AAUUGAAGAGAAAGCGUUUGCGUCUCUCUCACAGCUAAGAUACUUACAUCUGCACAACAACGGAUUGAAAAGACUCACCAAGGGCAUGUUUACUGGCUUGGUAUCACUCACAGCACUUCGUCUUCACGAAAACAGCAUUCUUGAAAGUGAAAUUGCGACGGACAUCUUCGAAGGCCUGCUUAACCUGAGGAUCUUAUCACUGGACAGCUUCAUUGUCUGCUGUUACGCUAAGAAAGCUGCAAAGGACUUGAUAUGUGAUUCUCCCAAAAACGAGUUCUCCAGUUGCGAGGAUAUGAUGAAGAACCCAAUCAUUAGAGUCUGCCUUUGGCUUCUUGGCAUUGUAGCGUUAGUCGGCAAUCUGUCAGUGAUUUUCUGGCGGCUCGUUUAUGGCGAAGAUAGCAAAGUUCAGUCCUUUCUUUUAAAAAAUUUGGCAGUCGCCGACUUCAUUAUGGGUGUGUAUCUCAUUAUCAUAGCCGUACAGGACACUCGCUGGCAGGGAGAGUACUUCGAGCAUGACGUGCGGUGGAGAGGUGGCACAUUAUGUCAAGUGACGGGUGCCUUGUCCAUGCUCUCUAGUGAGGUUUCGGUUAUGCUUCUUACCGUCAUUACCGCCGACAGACUUAUCUGCAUCGUGUUCCAUUUUCGAGUACAGCCUUUGAGCCUUAAGACUUAUUAUUUGAUUUGCUUAUUGGUCUGGUUACUUGGCUUCGUCAUAUCAUUUUUACCAAUGUCGGGUCUGAGUUAUUUCAAUCCUGAGGGGAACGGGAAUGGCUUCUACGGAAGAUCAACAGUGUGCCUGGCUCUUCAGUUGUCCAAUGACAGGCCGCCUGGCUGGGAGUAUUCUGUCAGCAUAUUCAUCGGCUUCAAUUUAGCAGCAUUUUUGUUCAUUUCGUUGUCUUAUGUGGCCAUUUUUUUGUCUGCUGUGAAAUCAUCGAGCGCGAUAAGAUCAACGAAUGUCAAACGGGAAUCAACCCUCGCCAAACGAGUCGCCUUUAUCAUUUUGACAGACUUCUGUUGCUGGAUGCCUGUGAUAAUUGUUGGUAUCUUAUCCUUGACCGGAAGUUUCAAUGAUCCCGAGAAGCAGGUAUAUGUGUGGAUGGCGGUAUUUGUACUUCCGUUUAAUUCUUCUGUGAAUCCUAUACUGUAUACACUUGCCACUCCUCAGAUGCAGGAUUGGUUCUGUAAAGAUUCUAAAAGUAAAGUGAAUGGAAAUAGAGGAGUUCGCUCUGUGGAUAAAUCAGCGACCCCGGCCAGCAAUCUCAAAACUGAAAAAACUGAGUUCAGUUUUCCUUCGUUGAAAUCCGUCACAGAACUGGAUCAUAUUGGAAACAUUAAUGAGGGUUUUCCGGACGAUGAUUUACAGCCAAAAAGCAGCAAUGAAUUGGUUUCAAUAAAAAGUGGCUCUUUAUGUGAAGACAUGGUUUCCACUUUCGAAACUCACCUCUGAGGCGAUAUCUUGGAUCGUGAAAAACAGUGGUGCUAGAUUUGUUGGUUUACAAGGCUGAAACAUACAUAAUAUUAAGAACUGGCGACAUAGCUAUCUUAUUUUUUUAUUUCCUCUAAGUGUUUUCAAUUAAGUUACGUUAUGUUCAAUAGCUGGCAGAUCAGACCUCUUGCACUUCUGAAUGGUACAUGGAAAAAAUUUCCCUUGGCAACUUUUGAGCAUCUUUACUUUUUGCUGAAGGCCUUUGUGGAUAUCAAUUGGAAAUAGGUACAUAUCAAGAGCUAUCAGUUCUCCUCUAAAGUGGAAAUUCCUCUCAAACAGUACAACUGAUUUUCAUUACGAAUCUCAUUUUAAAAAAAAUUUAGGGGUAAAAAUUUUCGAUCUCGUAGCUGGAGUCUUUCAAAGAGAAGUUAGCUGUGAAUUUAUUCUGUACCGUAAUCGUUGGGGUACUAACUACUUUCGGAGUAACUGGUGGCAUUUCAUAAAGUGCUUUAAUACUUUCCCAUGAUCAGUUCUGCCAGAUCGAUCUAGCUAGUCCAAGAGGUUCAAAUCCCUAGAUGAAAAUGAACGUCAGGCAUCUUUUAAAAUUGCCAAUAAGUAAUUUUAUCUCUUAGUGGUAAAAAGCCGAUGGUUUUCUCGAAGGGUCAGCACAAGGUAUCAAAAAGGUGACUAUUAUAUCCCUGAUGAUACUGUAUCAUCUCAGAAAAAA